AUGGACCAGUCUGGCCAGUCUGGCGUUCCCGGCCCCGGUGGGCGUAAGCUUCACAUUGCUCACCGGAGAAGUCCGUCGGAGCUAACUCCUUUGAUGAUGGAACAACUGGCUAUUCAGCAACAAAUCGAGCUGCUCCAGCAGCAGCAACAGCAAAUUGCUGCCACUCACCAGCAGUAUGUGAAUAUGGGUCUCUUGCAGCCGCAGCAGUUGGGCCAAGUCAAUGCCUUCUCUCCUGGUGGCUCGAUCGGUGGUGUUUCUCCGCAGGUCAACGCUUUUCAAUUCCCUCAGCAACAACAGCUUGGAUUGCCGAUGAAUGCACAGAAUCAGCACUCGCAUCGUCGCAACCAGUCCGCUCUUCCCGGUCUCGCCAUGGGCCCUCCCCCCGCUCCUUCCUCUGGUGCUUCUGGCUACGCCGACUAUAACCAACAAGGCCCCAACAACCAUCAAAAGUCUGAGAACACCAACCACGGUCGUGGCCGAGGUGGUCCUCCUGGUGGGGGCGGUCACCAGCGCCGUCACUCCCUUGCGCUUCCCGAGGCCAAGAAGGCCGCUGAACUCGCUCAACAGAAGCGAACAGCCUCUGGAUUCCAAUUCCCCGCCCCUGCUCCGGGCUCCGAAGACCAGUCUGCUUCCGAUGAAAAGCCCGGAUCGAGCACCUCUCCAGCACCACAGGGUCUUGGUCUUCAGCGCGCUGGCAACAUGCGUUCUGGUGGUCAUGGUCGUAGUCAAUCGAUGGCCAUUGGCGGUAACCGUGGUUCUCUGUCUGGACGCGGUGCAGGAGGUUUCCAAUUCCCUGCCCCCAGUGACGGUCAACCGGAGAACCAGCGUCGCGCUAGUCAGCCUGGUGGUCAUGCCCGUACUGGCUCGCGCAACUUCGACGGCAAUUGGCGCCAGCCAAACAACCAGGCGCAAGGUCAGGAUCAGCAGAAGUCUUUCGGCGGUCAACAGCAACAGCAGCAGCAGACUGGUGGCUUCCAGCCUGGUCAUCGCUCGCGCGGCUCCAUGAAUCAAUCCAUGGGCUCCAUUGGCCAGUUCCAGUAUCCCGGCCAGCCUCAGCUUAUUCAGCUCCCUCAGGGUCAGGUCAUGAUGGCCACGCCGCAGAUGUUUGCCGGUGGUCAGACACAGCUCAACCCGCUUCAACUUGCCCAGCUCCAGGCUCUUCAGCAACAAAAUGGUCAAGGAUUGACCGGCCUUCAAGCAAGCCAGCACGCUCCUCCACUUUCGGUUCAGCAGCAACAACAGCAACAGCAACAGCAACGAAAGACGCUGUUCACUCCCUACUUGCCACAGGCUAAUCUGCCAGCUCUGAUCAGCAAUGGACAGCUGGUCGCGGGUAUUCUGCGUGUUAAUAAGAAGAACCGCUCAGAUGCCUAUGUUACCACGCCUGAUUUGGACGCCGACAUUUUCAUCUGCGGCAGCAAGGAUCGUAACCGUGCUCUUGAGGGAGACUACGUCGCCGUCGAACUGCUUGACGUUGACGAAGUGUGGAAUCAGAAAAAGGAGAAGGAGGAAAAGAAGAAGCGCAAGGACAUCACUGACGCUCGCUCGGGAAGCAAUGCUGGCAAUGAUAAGCUGGGUCGAUCCGACUCGACUGGCGACCGGCAAGAGAUCGCUCCCGACGGAAGUAUUCGCCGCCGGGGCAGUCUCCGCCAGCGCCCGACUCAGAAAAAGAAUGACGACGUCGAGGUCGAAGGACAGAGUCUCCUUUUGGUCGAAGAAGACGAGAUCAGCGACGAGCAGAAGCCACUGUACGCAGGGCAUGUCGUCGCAGUCGUUGAACGUAUUGCUGGACAGAUGUUCUCAGGCACCCUUGGACUCCUUCGGCCCAGUAGCCAGGCAACCAAGGAGAAGCAAGAGGCGGAGCGUCAGGCUCGGGAUGGUAACCAUGGUCGGCACCAAGAUCGCCACCAAGAAAAACCCAAGAUUGUGUGGUUCAAGCCUACCGACAAGCGCGUUCCCUUGAUUGCUAUUCCCACAGAGCAGGCCCCCCGUGACUUUGUGGAGAAGCAUCAAGAUUACGCUAACCGCAUCUUUGUGGCUUCAAUCAAGCGCUGGCCUAUCACCUCGUUGCAUCCUUUCGGAACAUUGGUUGAGCAGCUUGGUGAGAUGGGUGACCUGCGCGUUGAAACCGAUGCCCUCCUUCGUGACAACAACUUUGGAUCUGACGAGUUCUCCGACGCUGUGAUCAAGAGUAUUGGUUGGGAGGAUUGGUCCAUCGCCAAAGAGGGAGAUGUUCUCGCUGCUCGUCGAGACUUCCGCGAGGAAUCCUCCUUCACUGUUGAUCCCCAGGAUUCAAAGGCACUUGAAGAUGCCUUCCACAUGAAGAAGCUCGCCGAUGGCAAAGUUGAGAUUGGUGUCCACGUUGCCGAUAUUGCCCACUUUGUCAAGGGUAACUCCCUCGUUGAUCGUGAGGCGAAAAAGCGGGGCACUGCAGUCUACCUCGUCGAUCGCAUCAUGAACAUGCUUCCUCCUCGUGUUUCCAACGAACUCUGUUCCCUUGUUCCAGGUGAAGACCGCCUAACUGUCAGCGUUGUCUUUAAGGCCGACCCUAAUACCGGUGCGAUUGAUGACGAUGUUUGGAUCGGCAAGGGCGUCAUUCGAAGCGCUGGUCGCCUUGAUUAUGAUGAGGUGAACUCAGUGCUGACUGGCAAGUCAACAUCGACCAGCGCCGCAAUCGCUGCUGAUAACUUGCAAUUACUUCAUGCAACCGCAAAGAAGUUCCGCGACGCCCGGUUUGGCAACCGAGUCGCCGAUGUUCCUAGCCUGCGUCUUCUCCAGCAGUUGGAUGAUGAGAAUGUUCCGGUUGAGUACAAUAUAUUUGAGUCUACUCCCGCUCACGAGCUUGUGGAGGAGCUGAGUCGCCAGGCCAACUUUUAUGUUGCUCGAAAGCUGGCCACCGCUUUGCCUGGCAAGGCUUUCCUGCGCCGCCAGAACUCUCCGAACUCGCGACGUCUUACUCAGUUUGUUGAUCGGAUGAAUCGCCUCGGGUACAACAUCGACUCGUCUAGCAGCGGCAGUCUUCAGAGCUCUCUUUGCAAAGUUGAUGACGUGGACAUCCGCAAGGGUAUGGAGACUUUGCUGUCAAAGGCGAUGCAGCGUGCCAAGUACUUUGUCAGUACCGGUGCCCCUGACGAGCAGCGCCAGCACUACACUUUCAACGUGCCCGUCUAUACCCACUUUACUAAUCCCUCGCGUCGCUAUGCCGACAUCGUUGUGCAUCGCCAACUCGAGGCUAUUCUAUCAGGGGGUGCUAUUGAGUUUACUGAUGACAUUGAAUCUCUGACCAAGACAGCUGAUCUCUGUAACAACAAGAAGGACUCUGCCCUCAACGCCCAAGAGCAGAGUGUGCAUAUUGAGGCCUGCCGUAAUAUGGACCGCAAGGUUCAUGAAAUCGGCGGCGAUUUGAUCAGUGAGGGCAUUGUUCUCUGCGUCUACGAGUCAGCCUUUGAUGUACUCAUUCCCGAAUUCGGCUUCGAGAAACGGGUCCACUGUGAUCAGCUACCGCUGAAGAAGGCCGAAUAUCGCAAGGACAGUCGUGUGCUCGAACUGUACUGGGAGAAGGGCGUUCCCUCCUCUGCUUACAUCCCCGAGGACGAGCGUCCCAAGCCUGGAAAUUCUCGCGCCGCCCAAGCAGCUGCCGCUGCUCGUGAAGCCGAAGCCGCCAAGGAACGUGCCCGUGAGCGUGAUGAGGCCAUGCGCAAGCAGACCGAGACUGGUACCAUGUCUGCUGACGAUGUUAACGCCCUGUUCGAUGACGAUGAGGAUGUUGACGAGGUCACUGAAAUGGCUGCCGGGGUUUCUCUCAGCUCGGCUGAUCGCUCCACCCAAAGCAUGCCUCCCUCGCCUACUCGCAACGGCCACCACCAACAAGGUCCUCACCGCACUCGGUCGGACCCAAAGAUCGCGACCGGUGCCGGUGAUGCUCCGGAAAGUAUGAUGACCAACAAGGAGAAGUACUUGAAACUCUUCAAGCUGAGAGAGGAAGAUGGCGAGUUCAUCCAGGAUGUCACUGAGAUGACUCGUCUCCCUAUUAUUCUGAAGACCGAUCUCUCUAAGAGCCCACCGUAA